UUCUUAUUCUUAUUAUUAUUAUUAUUAUUAUCAUCGCCGCCGUCGCCGCCGUCGUCGACCGUCGUAAGUGGCUCGCACGGAAACGACACGGACGCGCUACGCCGUUCGACGACAAUUAUAACUACAUCAUCUCAAAUCCGUCUUUGAAAAACCGUCAUUCCUCCGUGCUGCUGGUGCCUGGAUACACGCGCGAGACCCCUGUCGCCUUCCAACGACGGUACAGAUAACACAACCAGCAAUUCGGUUUAGUUUUCAAAACACUAUGAUGCAGGUGGACAAGUAUGAAUUUUGAUGCCGAAACCUCGCAGCCAACAUGGAAAUUAUGGGGUGAAGAAAGAGAAGAGGGUGCUGUUUAUACAAUUUAUUUAAAAAAAGUGCGUUAUCAAAAUCCUACAAAAACUCUUCUGUUGGAAUCUGAUGAUGAACGAUCACAUUUAGAAUGGGAAACGAUCAGAGUAAAGUUCAUUAAAGCUGGAACAAUCGAAAAAUUAGUUAAUAGCUUAGCAUCAGAUGAUGGCGAAUUAGAAUCUACAUUUGUGAAUAUAUUUCUUGCCACCUAUAGAACUUUUGCAUCACCUCAUCAUGUUUUGUCAUUAUUAAUUGAAAGGUAUGAGUAUUUAGUAAACAAUAAAGAAGCCUUAUCAGAAUCAAUGAUCGAUCCACAUAAAAAGACUGUUGUAUCUGCAUUACAUGUGUGGUUGGAUUCAUAUCCUGAAGACUUUCGUGAUCCACCUUUACAUACUUGUUUACGAUGUUUACAUUCCUUUACUUUUACAUAUUUGCCAAAAACUGAACUUCACAUAAAAGCAACUUAUAGACUUGAAAGAUUCCUUAAAGAAUGUAAACAAUCAGAUACUACAACAUUUAUUAGUGAUGAUUAUGACUUAGUUAUUGCUAAUUCUCCACAUUCUCCUUACAAUUUUCCUAACAUAGCAGAAAGGCAUUUUGCCGAGCAGUUAACUCGAAUGGACCGUGAUGUUUUAAGAAGUAUGGUUGCUCACCAAUGUUUAGGUGCAGUUUGGUCUAAAAAUAAAAGAGCAGGGUCUGCACCCACAGUCCUUGCUACAAUUGAUCAAUUUAAUGCCGUAUCACUUAGAGUUAUCAGUACUGUGAUAUUAGCAAUCAAUUCAGAAAGACCACAUGUUAUUGAAACUUGGAUUGACAUUGCUCAAGAAUUAAGAGUACUUAAGAAUUUUUCCUCAUUAAAAGCUAUUAUAUCUGGCUUACAAUCCAAUUCUGUGUUUAGAUUAAAGAAAACUUGGCAUUCAGUUCCUCGAGAUAAGGUGGAAUUGUUUCAAGAACUUGCAAGAAUAUUUAGUGAAGAAAAUAAUCAAUGGGCGCAGCGAAAGUUAUUAAUAAGAGAAGGUACAGCAAAAUUCGCUGACACAUUUGGACACAAUGAUAGACAUUUACAAAAAAUUAUUCAAAAGCAGCAAAGUACUAUGAGUUUAAACAUUGGAACUAUACCAUACUUAGGGACAUUUCUAACUGAUUUGACCAUGAUUGAUGCUGCAACUCCCGAUCUCUUGCCUGAUGGUCUAAUUAAUUUUGAUAAAAAAAGAAAAGAGUUUGAAGUAUUAGCUCAAAUUAAACUCCUUCAAGGGGCAGCAAAUUCAUAUAACAUAACUGAGGAUUCAGUAUUUGAUCAAUGGUUUCAUUCCAUUUUAGUUUUGGAUGAUAGAGAAGCGUUUAGAAUUUCUUGUCAAAUAGAACCAUCAGAUAAUAUAACAUCAUCAUGUGCAAAUUCAAUAAUAGGAACUGGAAAAAAACAAAAGUAUAUUAAUUAUGAGCAUAAAAAGAAUGAUUCCAUUUCUAGUAAUUGUAGUAGCAAAAGUUUGUAUGGAUUAUCCGAUGAUGGUUUACACUCACCCAAUAACUCUUUGGAUAAACAGGUAAAAAAAUAUUAUUCACUAAUACUCAAACUAAACAAUUUUGUUAUUUGAGACAUAGCAGAAUACCGUGGACUUAAAAACUUGAGCUCAAAUUUU